AUGACUGUCCCCAACGGCAACGGAAAGAGCACCUUUCUCUUCACCUCUGAGUCGGUCGGCGAAGGCCACCCCGACAAGAUCUGGUAUGUAGACGCCUCCAUGUUUCCUCAAUUGCUGGCAAUCUCCCUCGUUCUGUGA